AAGACGAGAGGAGACAGGUGGACUCCAAACGCACCGACCAACACGAGGACAGCGCACCACAGAGCGGAUUUUAACCACUUGCCGGAGAUUUGUUAUUUAUUUUUCUUUAAUAUUUUGAAGACUUCUGAAGUGAACCGCUAUGGGCACAAUCCUCUCUCAGAUUUUUAACAAGUUCAUCUCCAAAACGCCAGUCCGCAUCCUCAUGGUGGGCUUGGACGCUGCAGGGAAAACCACCAUUUUGUACAAAUUGAAGCUGAAUGAAGUCGUCUCCACUAUCCCCACAAUCGGUUUUAAUGUGGAGACAGUGGAGUACAAGAACAUCAGCUUCACAGUUUGGGACGUGGGAGGACAGACCAUCAUCAGAAACCUGUGGAGGCACUACUUCGUCAAUACACAGGGGCUGAUCUUUGUGGUGGACAGUAACGACCGAGAGAGAAUCAAAGACGCAGCAGAAGAACUACAAAUCAUGUUACAGGAGGAUCAGCUGCGGGGCGUUGCUUUACUGAUCCUUGCAAAUAAACAGGAUCUCCCCCGCGCCAUGUCGACAGCUGACAUCACGGACGCCCUCGGACUGUCAGCUGUCUCCAACCCUUGGCUGGUUCAGGCGUCGUGUGCAGUCUCUGGAGCAGGUCUCACCGAGGGUCUGGACUGGCUCUCCAACCACAUCCACAAAUAACACAAUACUAAAAUUUCCCACUGUCUCAGGAGCCUUAAACACAAUGCUGUCACUUUAUUAUACUUAAAAGAAUGUUUAAUUUAUUGUCUUUGUUUGCACUGAGCUAAUUUGAAGGAACAGUUUUGGGAUAUUUUUGUUAAAUGCUGUAUAUCUAUAAUAAUAAUGUAUAUUUUUAUUAAAUGUCUGCGCUUUCUCUGUAAAUAUAUCUUAUUUUAACUGUAA